GGGUACGUCGUCGAUGGAGCCGCGAGAUACUCGUUGUGGGUUUUAGGUGACGUUGAGCGUCCGACGGCAUCAAUCCGUAGAAUAGUAUUAUUCAACGUCGACUGGAUAUCGGAUAGAAAACGGGCUUUUCGCCGUCUUUAAAACCGUGGCGAGUAACGGAAGAAGCAAGAGAAAUGGCGAUAAAGAAAAUCUGUUGCAUCGGAGCUGGGUACGUCGGUGGACCCACCUGCAGCGUGAUUGCCUUGAAAUGUUCCGACAUCACCGUGACGGUUGUCGAUAAGAGCAAGGAAAGAAUAGCGCAGUGGAAUUCGGAGAAACUGCCGAUUUACGAGCCUGGUUUGGACGAGGUAGUCGGCAAAUGUCGGGGGAAAAAUCUCUUUUUUUCGACGGAUAUAGAGACGGGAAUAAAGGAAGCAGAUUUGAUAUUCAUUUCCGUCAAUACGCCUACGAAAACUUUCGGCAAUGGUAGAGGCAGAGCCGCCGAUUUGAAGUACGUCGAAAGCGCAGCUCGAAUGAUAGCGGAAAUCGCAACUGGGGACAAAAUAGUUGUUGAAAAAAGCACGGUGCCGGUACGUGCUGCCGAGAGUAUUUUAAAUAUUCUCAGGGCGAAUCACAGGCCAGGUGUGUCGUAUCAGAUUCUCUCAAAUCCGGAAUUCCUGGCCGAGGGAACAGCCAUCGACGACCUGGUGAAUGCCGAUCGAGUAUUGAUCGGAGGUGAGAAUUCGCCCGAAGGUCACGCAGCGAUAGAAGAACUUUGCAAGGUCUACGAGCGCUGGAUACCCAGAGCAAAUAUAUUGACAACGAAUACUUGGAGUUCAGAAUUGUCGAAACUGGCGGCAAAUGCAUUCCUGGCCCAACGAAUUUCUAGCAUUAAUUCGCUAUCCGCCGUAUGCGAAGCGACAGGUGCGGACGUCUCCGAGGUCGCACGGGCCGUUGGCUGGGAUUCGCGAAUAGGAUCGAAGUUCCUGCAGGCAUCGGUUGGAUUCGGAGGUUCCUGUUUCCAGAAAGACAUUUUAAACCUGGUAUAUAUUUGCGAGUGUCUCAACCUUCCCGAGGUAGCGGCGUACUGGCAGCAAGUAAUAGACAUGAACGAGUACCAGAAGUCCCGGUUUUCCGCCAAAGUGAUCGAGUCACUCUUCAACACCGUUACCGACAAACAGAUCGCCAUGCUUGGCUUCGCAUUUAAGAAGAAUACCGGGGACACCAGAGAGUCACCCGCGAUCCACGUCGCCAAGACAUUACUCGACGAGGGAGCGAAGCUCCACAUAUACGAUCCGAAGGUAGAGGAGUCCCAAAUAAUGGAGGAUUUGACUCAUGCGAGUGUCACCGACCACCCGGAGAACAUCAAGAGGCACGUCAGUAUCUACAGGGACGCUUAUUCCGCGACGAAGGACACUCACGCAAUUGUGCUUUGCACCGAGUGGGAUGAGUUUAUGGCCUUGGACUAUGAAAAGAUUUACGCCGGAAUGAUGAAGCCGGCGUACAUAUUCGACGGGCGAAAGAUACUGGACCACAACGCGUUGCAAAGAAUCGGUUUUAUCGUACAGACUAUUGGUAAAAAGUUGGCUAGAACGGCUGUCUCCAGAUCGUGGGGCAGUCAAAGUCAGAUGUGAAUUGCGACGAGAUAUAUUCACUACGGAACUUGACUGCAGGCUUUUCAACCGUGAAGAGCUUGCUGAAGAUUUGGUGCUUAACAUAAUUUUCACUCAAUUGAAGAAACUUGAUGAGACGUGACACAGUGCGGCAAAGCAGUAUCCCGAAAUUUCACGUGAUUCGUGGUGGGGGGAAGGCCGUUUCCUUACGAUUUAUGUAAAGAAAUUCCUUAACUAUAGGCAGCCCAAUACUGCCUCAACUGAGUUGCAGCUGUAUCAAAGUAAUACGAAAUUAUUGACGCCUGCUGCGGUGGGAUUUUUUUUUAAUUCAUAACUACAUGACUCCAUCAUCGUAUAACAUUGAGUAUUAGACUCGGUUGCCGCUACCAAUUACGCAGACUAUACGAAUUGAUGAAUACGGAUUUUUAAUUAUAUUCUAACGAUUUAACCAGCUGCGCAUGCUUGCUGAAAACUGAAUUUCCUAUCAAUAUUGGUGAGAAUGCCGGGGAGUUACAUAUAGCGACAGGUUUGAACUGGAAUAAGGUAGUUACCGGUAUAAAGUUUUUAAGCCCAGUAUUUAUAUUAUAUAAGUCCAAUAUUCCGGUUAAAUGAUACGUUUAUUAAACAAGCUUAUGUUUCUUUUAAGUUAUGCCGACAGACUGGUCGUUGUGCCGGUUUAUUUUAUCACUUCCGACGGUAAUAAACUGGAGCCAUCGGUAAUAUUUUCGUACGUGCGUGGGUUAGUGAUAUUCCGAUCAGAAGUAUUAAUGGAAUCCGCAUUUACAAAUUAUUAGGAAAUGCAGAAAGCAAUAAUUAUAAAAUAAGUAAGUAUAGGAGUUGAAUUUUGUAUUGAAAAGGGACGAUUGCAGAAUGAUGGGAUAUCGAAUAAUUAAGUCUUACUACUUAUACAUCUUCAAAUCCAAUAAAUUAUUUUACGGAUACACAAUAAUCGUUUAAAUGGUGCUACAAAUAUUGCGAAUUAUACGAAUGAUUCAUACCGCAUGACGUAUACGUAUACGUGAGUAUGAUAUAUCAUGUAUCAUAGAUGGAUCGAAAAUCUGCCACGCUUUUAGUCCAUAUAUUGUUUACAAAUAGAAUAUAUUAAAUAUAUUUGAUAAACAACUA